AUGGCAGUGAUGAUGAUAUCGACGAAUUGCUUCGUCAACGCCUCUUUCUUCGAUGAGAGGUUGAAUUCUCGCCGUAGACCUCUGUUUCUUCAAUCCUGGUUUAACGGCCGGCGACUGGUCCCUCUGAAAAAUGUAAUCUUGUGUCUGAAUUCGAGCACGAAGGAGAUAGGUUUGCAAACUUCAGGUGAGUUCAAACCGAGUUUCGAUCAGUAUCUUCAAAUCAUGGAAUCAGUUAAAACAGCUCGGAAGAAGACGAAGAAAGUGGACGGAGGCUUGGUUAUAGAUAAAGCUGAUGAUGAUGUGAAGAGAAAAGAUGAAGGUUUCAGGAGGGGGCAGGAGAUGGUUAGGGGUGAGAAAGGUCGUGAUGAUGAGAGAGGUUUCAGGAGGGGGCAGGAGAUGGUUAGGGGUGAGAAAGGUCGUGAUGAUGAGAGAGGUUUCAGGAGGGAUGAGGAAAGUGGGAUUCAGAGAAAUGUGAAAUGGGGUAAGAGUGGUGAAUCUUCUUCAGUGAAGGCCCCACAAGAUGAGAGCUUCGGGAGAAGGAAGUACGUGAAGCAGGAGAUUGUUAAGUAUCAGCGUUCCCCUGAUGCAUCUAGAGGGACUGAGAGAGGUUCCAAAGCUGAUUCUGUUGGAGAAAGGCGGUUUCAGAGAAUAUCCAAAGAUGUUAAAUGGAGUAAGAGUAGUGAAUCUUAUUCACUAACUGCGCCAGAAGAUGAGAGCUUCAGGAGAAAGUACGUGAAGCCGGAGGUUGUUAGUUACCAGCGUUCCCCUGAUGCGUCUAGAGGGGUUGGGAGAGGUUCCAAAGCUGGUUUUUCCCUUGGAGAAAGGCGGUUUGAGAGAACUUCCAAAGAUGUGAAUUGGAGUAAGGGUAGUGAAUCUUCAGUGAUUGUUCCAGAAGAUGAGAGUUUCAGGAGACAGAGUCCGAAGCAGGAGAUGAUGAGGUAUCAGCGUGACAAUGCUACAUCAAGAGCAAAUGAGAGAGGAGGCUCCAAAGGAGAUGGAUUGGAUCUUCUUGCUGAGGAAAGGAGAAUUGAGAGACUAGCCAACGAGAGGCAUGAUUCCAGGAAAGUGGGUGCUAAGAAAGAUGAUGAUGAUAGCUUGUUUGGCAUGGAAAGUCCUGCCUUUAGGUUUUCUGAUGAGUCCAGUGACAUCGUGGACAAGCCUGCUACUUCACGUCUCGAAAUGGAAGACAGAAUCGAGAAGCUUGCAAAAGUGUUGAAUGGUGCAGACAUCAACAUGCCUGAGUGGCUGUUUUCCAAGGCCAUCCGGAGUGCAAAGAUCAGAUAUACGGAUUACACUAUAAUGAGACUGAUUCACUUUCUAGGGAAACUUGGAAACUGGAGACGAGUUCUUCAAGUCAUCGAGUGGCUUCAAAGGCAAGACCGUUUCAAAUCAAACAAGCUAAGAAUCAUCUACACAACUGCACUAAAUGUGCUUGGUAAGUCAAGAAGGCCUGUGGAAGCUCUCAACGUAUUCCAUGCGAUGCUGAUACAAAUAUCAUCAUAUCCGGAUAUGGUAGCAUACCGUUCAAUUGCAGUCACACUUGGACAAGCUGGUCAUAUAAAGGAACUCUUUCAUGUGAUUGACACAAUGCGAUCUCCACCGAGAAAGAAGUUCAAGCCAACGACACUUGCAAAAUGGGAUCCCCGGCUUGAACCUGACGUUGUUGUGUACAAUGCGGUACUCAACGCAUGUGUUCAACGGAAGCAAUGGGAAGGAGCAUUCUGGGUUUUGCAACAGUUGAAGCAAAGAGGGCAAAAACCUUCUCCUGUCACCUAUGGCCUUGUCAUGGAGGUGAUGCUUGCAUGUGAGAAAUACAACUUAGUUCAUGAAUUCUUCAGGAAGAUGCAGAAAUCAUCUAUCCCAAAUGCUCUAGCAUAUAGAGUUCUUGUUAAUACUCUGUGGAAAGAAGGCAAAACCGAUGAGGCCAUAGAAACGGUCGAGGAUAUGGAAAGCCGUGGUAUUGUUGGAUCGGCUGCUCUUUACUACGACCUUGCUCGCUGUCUGUGUAGCGCAGGAAGGUGUAGUGAAGGGCUUAAUAUGAUUAAGAAGAUAUGUAGAGUUGCGAAUAAGCCUCUUGUGGUGACUUACACUGGCCUUAUACAAGCAUGCCUCGACUCGGGAAACGUCAAGAACGCAGCUUACAUCUUUGAUCAAAUGAAGGAGGUGUGCAACCCGAACCUAGUGACUUGCAACAUAAUGCUUAAAGCCUAUCUACAAGAUGGGAUGUUUGAAGAAGGCGGAGAACUUUUCAAGAAGAUGUUGGAAGAUGGAAAUCAUAUAGAAAGCGGGUCGGAUUUUGAAUCAAGAGUAUUGCCAGACACGUACACAUUCAACACAAUGCUAGAAACUUGCGCUGAACAUAAAAAGUGGGAUGAUUUUGGUUAUGCGUAUAGGGAGAUGUUGCGUCACGGAUACCAUUUCAAUGCCAAACGCCAUCUCAAAAUGGUUCUUGAAGCUAGCAGAGCAGGACAGGAAGAAGUGAUGGAAACGACAUGGGAACAUCUGAGACGGAGUAAUAGGACUCCGCCUUCGCCUCUAGUCAAAGAAAGAUUCUGCAGGAAGCUCGAGAAAGGUGAUCAUGUAACGGCCAUAUCGUCCCUCGCUGUUCUUAAUGGCAACAUCGAGGAGACCGAGCUACGUGCAUUUUCAACGGACGCAUGGUCCAAGGUCUUGUACCGGUUUGAGAAAGAUUCGGUUUUGAGGUUAAUGGACGACGUGAACAGACGUGUGGGUUUGAGAAGUGAGUCUUCAGAUUCGGUUUUAGGGAAUCUAUUGAGUUCUUGUAAAGAGUUUCUGAAAAAUAGAACACAAGUGUUGUAAGGUCUUGAAAUUGUAACGUUCUAAGAAAGGAUUGUGUUGUUGUGGUUUCUUUAAGAUAUAAAGUAGUCAAGGGCGGGCAAACGAGACAACGUGUUAACAUCUAAAAGAGCAAAUGUUUAUGAGUUCUUGGU